AUGACGUCACGUGACGUCACAGUAGGAACGCCCACCCGCCGACGGUCAGAGGAGAGGUCGCCCAAAAUGGCGGAAGCCAUGGAAGUUGGUGGAGAGCUCGAGUGGGGCGACGCGUACGGCGUUGGGGGCGUUCAACCAUACCAGUUUGAGCCCGAGGCGGCGGAGGGAGAAGACGGGGAUCCAGAGGCACCAGAUCGCGGGAAUCAGGACCGCCGUUCAAACCGAAACUGGUGCAGAUGUGAUAAUUGCCGUAUAAUGGCAACCACAACAGAAUGUGUCUGUUGUCAAGAACACGAACAAAUUAGGAACACUAUGGAGGGGGUGUCUCCGGCCCCCAAGUGCAUAACCAUGCACCCUGGCUUCUCAUCAGUCUGUCUAGACAUCUGGGCACUACAGUGUGCUUACUACCAGUACAGGCAAGAGUAUGGGCCCAGUCAAGAUCCAACCCAUGAGAGGUACCGGUACAUUGCCUACCGCCAGUUGGUGCGUUGGUGCUGGGGGUGGCUGGGAAGAGAAAUGAGAGUGGUCCUCCCUGCAUGUGCAGUGACAAAGAUCAGGGACACCUUUCCGUCAGCACAAUACACAGGAUUCCAGUACCCUCCACUGAAUUAG